CCGGCAGUGGAGGGGAUAGCUGGAGUAGUGGUGGCAGGCAGAGCGACAGUGGCGACGCUAACGUCGGCCGUGGCAGCUUAGCGUAGCGGUGUGCACCGCACGGCCCGGUGGUGCUGCUGAUACAGUGUGGAACAGCGAAAUCUCGCCGAGUGCGAGUGGCGCGCAUUACGUCGUUCCCGGUCCACGGUCGAAAUCGUUUCCCGAUCGAACGUGUAUUUUCCUCGUGCCCUUCGUACGCACGCACGCACGCACGCACGUAGACGCGAGGCGUUUGUCAUCGUGAGUCAAAGUUUGAAAUUCGUGAGUCAAGCGUAAGGGAGAAUUUACAGAGAGGAGAGGAAGCAGUGCAAGGAGGGAAGAGAGAGAGAGAGAGAGAGAGAGACAAGUGCCGGACAAUCGCGUGCGACCGUAACACCGUGAGUGAGUGAUGUUGCUUUCGUCUCGACAGUGAUCGCGCGUGUUCGCCGCCGAUUGCGUGGCUCGUCACGAAAACCUCUACCUCUCAGUCUGUUUCACAUCCGUCGUAGUUACGGGGCAGUGAUUUCUGUUCGCUUUUUUUUUUUUCUUUCUUUUCCCUCCCCCUUCGUUUGAAGUGUGCUCUCUCGGUCGGUAUUAACGUCGUCGCGUUUUCCGCGUUUCGAUUGCGAUCUAUCGGUCGGUAGUGCGGAUAACUCGAUGAUCGACUUAUCGAGCUACGUUAAGGAUGAUGUGGCAUGAGCAGUGUGCGAGAGACACGCAGGAUACGGGAAUGCAGUUGCCGUGAAGGCGAGCCAAGGGUGCCGCGAAGGAUCUCUGCUGCCCCGGCGGAAAACCGUAUUCCACGCACGGUGUUGGUGAAAUUGGUGGAUGAUGCUGCUUGACAAUCAGUUGCUAUGAUCGAGCCGCGGAUAGUUCACGUGGAACACGAUCAUGAUUUACCUUAGGCUGCACGUCGGGAGGAGUCUACGGUGCAACACGAAUGCGAGAUACUGGAACGUGUUCAUCGUGCCGCUCUUCCCACUCUGGAUUAUCGGCGCAUUUUGCGUGAAGGACAUCCCGAUAUCGCACAUCGUGGCACUGGUCGGGGAUCCGACGUACCUUCCCUGCGACAUAUCAACCACCCACGAAGGGGAUUCGGUGCACCUGGUGCUGUGGUACCGCGAGGACCUCGGUACAUCGGUUUACAGCGUUGAUGCGAGGGAUCGGGAUUUUGGUAUCGCCGAACGAUGGUCGGACGACACGGUCUUCUCGAAUCGGGCGUACUUCAUGCCGGACAAGAAACCGGCCGAACUCGGCGUCGACCACAUAAGGGAAGAGGACGCCGGCAUUUACAGGUGUCGCGUCGACUUCCAGAUCGGCCAGACGCGAAACUCCAAAGUCAAUUUAACGGUGAUAGUUCCGCCGCACAAAAUCGUGAUCGUCGACGACUCCAAUAUCGCACGGCACUCCAUGGUGGGCCCGUACGUGGAAAACGAAACUCUGCGGCUCUACUGCGACGUGUACGGCGGUAAGCCAGCGCCGACGGUGUCCUGGCACCGCGACGACAAGCUCGUCAGCAACAAAACCGUAACCGUGAGGAACGGCGUGACGCGCAACGAGCUCGUUAUAAAAAAUUUAGGACGGAACGACGUCCGCUCGAUGCUAACCUGCAACGCAACGAAUAACAAUAGGUCCAUCCCGCUCUCCUCCACCGUUUACGUCGACAUGAAUUUCCCGCCGCUGGAAGUGAAGAUAAUCGGGUCGAACCAGCCGUUGUCGGCCGGCAAGAGGUACGAGCUGAUGUGCACCACUUCCGGCUCCAGGCCGCCGGCCAGCGUUACCUGGUGGAGGAACGAUCAGCAUUUGCUCGAGACGAAAGAGACGACAUCGAGCGACGGGAACACGACCACCAGCAUCUUAUCUUUCAUGGCGACCAAAGCAGAUGCUGGUAGACAAUUGUCGUGCCGGGCUGAAAAUCGAAUCAUGGGAACCGAGUCGAUAAAGGACGACUGGGUGCUCGAAAUACAGUACACGCCGGAAACCCGGAUACAGCUGGGCACCUCGUUGAACCCGAACGCGAUCCGCGAGGGAACCGACGUCUACUUCGAUUGUCUGAUCCACGCCGAGCCGCCCGUUUACAAGGUUGAAUGGCGACACUUGGGAAAAACUCUUCAUCUCAACAUCACGCAGGGCAUCAUAAUCAGUAAUCAAAGCCUGGUGUUGCAAGGCGUCGACCGUAAAAGCGCAGGCAAUUACACCUGCGUCGGAUACAACACGGAAGGAGACGGGGAAAGCUCUCCGUUUUAUUUGAACGUAAUGUUCGCGCCCACCUGCAAGCCGAAUCAGACGAAGGUUCACGGGGUGGCGAAACAAGAAAAGGCAAACAUAUCUUGCCAAGUGGACGCGAACCCGCCGGAGGUUCAAUUCCGUUGGACGUUCAACAAUUCCGCCGAGAGCAUCGACGUUGCCGCCAGUCAUAUCGCCAGGUCCGGCACAUCUUCCAUCGUCUCGUACACGCCCAUGACCGAAUUGGAUUAUGGCACGUUGCUCUGCUGGGCCACCAACCGAAUUGGACAUCAACAAGUGCCCUGCGUCUAUCACAUCAUACCGGCCGGUCGGCCAGAUAUGGUUCACAAUUGCACCACCUCGAACACGUCGACGAACUCGUUCUCGGUGCGAUGCGCGGAGGGGUUCAACGGAGGCCUGCCGCAGUCCUUCCUUCUGGAAGUAAGAGAGAGCAACACCCAGGAAUUGCGUGCUAAUCUGACAUCGCCGGUGCCGCGUUUCAGUGUUACUCACCUGGAAUCAGGCGUCCUUUACCAGGCCUGCAUAUACGCGUACAACGAUAAGGGCCGCAGUGAAGCGAUGGUAGUUCAGGCUGGAACCCUCAGGCAACCUGAAAAACAAUUAACGUCCGAGUCAGAGAGACCAAGGCAGAACAUGAGACUAAUGCCGAUGCUGAGCGUGAUGAUCGGUGUGGUGACCGCUUUAAUCAUCGUCGCGGUGAUAGUGAUGGUCGUGCUCAGAAUUCAGCACACGCAGGUGGACGAGCAGAGCAAGUCUCAGAUGGAGGAUCAUGGCAAACAAACGAAAACGAUUCCUAUCCAACGGGAGCUGAGGUUUCGCGAGGGAAGCAGUCUGCUCACGGAUGAAAAACAUCCUAGCAGUCCGUUCAGGAAGCUCGAGAGUAGCGGUGACAUAAGCGAAAACGAUGAGAAGAAUCCGGACAUCAUACCUCAGCAAAUCACAGGCGACGAGCCAUCGGAGUACCUGAGAAAGAGACGGCUCGUGUCGACGAUCGAAACGUCGCCGUCGAGAAGUUUGCUGGAGCACUCGACGGUUACUUCCGUCAGCGGCCACGGUAGUUACGUAGGCUACUGUACUAUUCGUAACGGCAUGCCGUUACAUGAAUUCUCAAAUCUGACGAAACAUAAAAGCUUUCAGCCGAUAGUGGGCGACGACUAUCAAAGCGGCGUUUGCACUUUGCCGAGGCAACACUGGCCAAGCCAAAGCGUUCAAUCAAUGUCGAUGACGAUGAGCCCACCGAUGCUCUACACUGGCCUUGGUGUCGUCAGCAGGACUUGUCCAAGCGGCGCCUUGUUAACCAAGGACGUGGAGGCGAGGAUCCCGGCGCAGUGUUGCAUCCAGUCGCAGAAAGACGGCAAGAUUAGCACACCGAUCGUGAUGGCCAAACGGGAGAGCUCCGUGUGACACUUUUGUCGCUCGCAGACCAGUCACGUGUGAACAAACAUCGUUCGGCGUGUUGUUUCUCGAGCCGCGUAUCAGUCGCUGAAUGGUUUCUGAUAGGAGGUACAGGAGGUCAGGUGACGACUGAACCAUCGUUGGGAAUGUAUGGAUGGAUAACAAAAGUCGUUUCGUGUCGAACGUGUUCUUUGUUGUAGUAAUUGAUAAAACUGCUGUUGCAUGAAGUUCAGAUGGACUGCCCGAUGAUCCUUUGGUUUGGAUUUUCCAUUGCGUCGGACGAAUCAUUUGACGAGUCUGGCCAUUAUUGAUCUUUUCCCUUCUACUAUCCGUGUACUGUAAACAAAGGAAUCCCGUAUAAAUAAUUGAUGGAGGAAGAUGCAGCCAAAUGACGGAGAGAACUGCGACGUUGAUAAUAUAAUAAUAAUAAUGAAAAAAAAACUACUAUCUAAUAUAACGGAGUACUUAACAAAGAUCGUUAAUUUUGGAGAGACAUAUAGAUCGGAUAAUAAAUUACGGUAACUUCCCUCGACGGUUAAUGAGUAAGAAGUACGGUCGUUUUAUUCGAUGUUUUAUCGAUCGCUUAAAAGAAACGGACCCUGUACAUUCCUCGAUCGAGCGUCGUUCGUUGGUUCGAGAGAGAUUCGACAGUCGCGUGUUACGGGAACGAUGCGAGCGAAAAACGAGAAGCUGAUACGUACAGAGCCGCACGCAAAUCGAAAACGAGGCCGGUUGUAUUUCGAACGAAUUUAUUUCCUCCCCGUCGCGAUAGCAUCGCGUUUACGUCUCUCUGUUCGAUCAAGUGCCCUUUUUACAUUGAACGGACGAUUCUCGAGCCAUCGUGUGUGAAUAUAUUUAAACAAGAGAGAGAGAGAGAGAGAGAGAGAGAGAGAGAGAAGAAAAACAGAGUUAAAAAAAAAAGAAGAAAAAAGAAAAAUAAGAGAGAUUACCGUACGUUGUAAAAGGCGUGCGUGUACAACCGGGAACGAAUUAUUGAUAGGGAAUAUACUUAUACAUAUGCACGAGUUUCGCGCGUGCUGUACAUAUACCUUGAAUACGGAGGAUAUUUUAUACAGAUUGCUAUAGUAUAAAGAUGAAACAAACAAAAAAAUAAAUAUGAGAGAGCGAGAAUGAGAGAGAGAGAGUGAAAGAGAACGAUUUAUUCCCACUUUAACUUAUGAUUUACCAAAAAAAAAGGGGGGGAGAAGAGAGAAAAACAAGGGAGAAGAAAAAUACACAUUGUACAAUUCGUUUAGUCGUUGUAAGUAUAAAUAAUGUAUAUGCGUAAUAAA